AUGCCUGUACCCUACGUACAAGGACGAGAAAUGAAAGACUUGCGAAGUUCAUCAGCCGGCGAACCAUCAACGACUCCAUCAGCUCACCAUUCCAACACGUCGAAGCACCACAAGCGAGGAGAUGCCAGCUCAUCGUCCAGAAGAGCUCUCCUGCGUCCUCCUCACAAAAAAUCUUCAAAAACUUUUAACGAAACUGACGAGAACGAUGAUGACAACAACGCUGAACCGCCAACGUCGUGCUGUCAAAAUUGUCUGAAGAGGCUGCGAGGAGCAAAUCCCGCCGGAGAAAGACCUCUCGUUACACAAGUUUCAAAACCUCAGCAAAACUUCAAAGUCAGACAACCUGGUGGUUCUACUAAUGUUUAUACAAAAAGCUUUCCUCUUCGUUGCACUGCGUACAACUCAUGUGAUGCAGAUAGAUCCUCAUCUGAAAAAGCAAAUUUUCAUCAAACAAAAUCUUCCACAACAACCGCUCAAUCAGUCCGAAGCAAAGAAGAUUUGAAUUACUUUCCAGUUACUACAGAAGUUUGUCAAGACGAAAAUUCAAACAAUCCAUUGAUAGUCAUCAGCAUAGAGACUGCGGAUGAUGAUCCGUUGAAUGUCGCCAAACAGCGAACAUCAGUUCUUUCAUGCGAUCAAAAUAGUUGUUCAACAUUUCUAGAAACUUACGACUUACCGAAUUCUUCCCAACAGGGUUCCAUGAGCCAACUGACAAGCGCCUCUUUCACAGAUGUUCCGCACUCUGCAACAGCCUCAUACGACCAAACCUGCUUACAGUGA